GAGGAUCUCGAUCCCCAUCUCCGUCAUAGACCCAUAAUAACAUGACGACAUAGACUCUUGACGACUGUUAUUUAUUCACCCCCUUUUCACAAGUAAGCUGGCCAUAUGUAACCUCCUUAGUAAAUAUAACAAAACAACUCAUUUAUCAUUAAACCGCCGCCCGAGAACUCCAUCAUCACGCAGACUAAAAUAUAUCCUCAUAAACCACUCGGAACAACACAACAACCACCAACAUGACAGAACGCGCCCCCGGAAAGGAACAGCUCAAAGAGGUCGCCCAGCAGGCAGAGCGCGACCUCAACACGUACCAGUCCAAGACCGGCACCGGCAAAGGGCGGACCGCAGGGCUCGACGACUACGGCGUCAACGAGACAGUCGACAAGAAGUUCCCCGGCGCCACCGUCAAGGUAGGCGAGAACCUGGUCACAAACCGGAGCUACGACCGGCCCAUCCCCACCGACGAGGGCGGCGACGUCGACGACAAGGGCCACUUCGUCCGCGGCUCCGCCUACGAAGGCGCCGGCGGCCCGGAAGACAAAACCGCCCACGUCUACCAGCACCAUCUGGGCAAAGUCGAGGAAGCCACGGUACGUGGCUGGGGCAAGGACCCGCACGCGGUCGAGCGCGCGACGCUGCGCGCCGACCGGCCGGACCUGCUCCCCGCCGACCAGGCGCUGGGCGGGCGCGGGCGCGAACCGGCUGGGCGCGGCGAGGUUUCGGAGCAGGGACGGGCGGCGGCCAAGGCGAAUGUUGGGCUGGGGGUGGAGAGUGGGGGUCGGGGUGGGGAGGUGCCGGCGCAGGGAAGUCGGAGUGGGAGCCAGUUUAAGGGCGAGUAUUAUGAGGUGAUGGAGGAGGUGCCCGAUCAGAGGGCCGAUCAGAAUGAGGUGCCGCCUGAGACUGUGACGGAGACGUCGAGGAAUAUUUGAGGCUGAGGGGUUUGAGGUUGGGGGCUGGGUAUUAUCUAUCAGGUAUCUGUAUGACUAUGGCAGUAGCGCGUUCUACUUUAUGUGUCUAUGUACUGGUCUAACUCU